CUGCCGCUCCUGGCUGUGGCGUGGAAGGUCACACAGUUGCAGACAGGGUUCCGCGGUGUGCUGGUCUGUCAUCACAGCUGGUACCUCUUAACUCUCUCUGUGGAAGCAGUAUUUGGUGGUGUUUUCCUCAGCUUUAUGUUGCAGUACUGAAUACUGAAAGGACAUGAACUCGUGAUGCAUACUAUUCUUAGAAUGCUGUGGACAACAUAGACUAUUGUUCGGGUCUUUUGCUUGUAAGCCAUGUAAUGUGCUAGCCUUUGUAAGGAAACCAUCACCAUACUCAGCAUUCUGAUUUUAGGAGGUUCACAGUUGAGAGAGUGAAGAUGAAGAAGAUGAAAUUGAAAUGGAAGUAGAAGACCAGGAUAGUAAAGAAGCCAGAAAACCAAAUAUCAUAAACUUUGACACCAGCCUUCCAACCUCACAUACAUAUCUGGGAGCCGAUAUGGAAGAGUUCCAUGGUAGAACUUUACAUGAUGAUGACAGCUGUCAGGUGAUCCCAGUCCUCCCUCAGGUGAUGCUGAUCCUGAUUCCAGGGCAGACAUUACCACUGCAGCUUUCUCACCCGCAAGAAGUCAGCAUGGUUCGGAAUUUAAUCCAGAAAGACAGAACCUUUGCAGUUCUGGCUUACAGUAAUAUUCAGGAAAGGGAAGCACAGUUUGGAACAACGGCAGAGAUAUAUGCUUAUCGUGAAGAGCAGGAGUUCGGAAUUGAAGUAGUGAAAGUGAAAGCAAUUGGACGGCAGAGGUUCAAGGUCCUUGAACUUCGAACACAAUCAGAUGGAAUCCAGCAAGCUAAAGUGCAAAUUUUGCCAGAGUGUGUGUUGCCAUCAACCAUGUCUGCAGUUCAGUUAGAAUCACUUAAUAAGUGCCAGAUAUUCCCUUCAAAGCCUGUCUCUUGGGAAGAACAGUAUUCAUGUAAAUGGUGGCAGAAAUACCAGAAGAGAAAGUUUCACUGUGCAAAUCUGACUUCAUGGCCUCGCUGGCUAUAUUCAUUAUAUGAUGCGGAAACUUUAAUGGAUAGAAUUAAGAAACAGCUACGUGAAUGGGAUGAAAAUCUCAAAGAUGAUUCUCUUCCUGCAAAUCCAAUAGACUUUUCUUACAGAGUAGCUGCUUGUCUUCCUAUUGAUGACGUAUUGAGAAUUCAGCUCCUUAAAAUUGGUAGUGCUAUUCAGCGGCUUCGCUGUGAGUUAGACAUCAUGAACAAAUGUACUUCCCUUUGCUGUAAACAAUGUCAAGAAACAGAAAUAACAACCAAGAAUGAAAUAUUUAGUUUAUCCUUAUAUGGUCCAAUGGCAGCAUAUGUGAAUCCUCAUGGAUAUGUACAUGAGACACUGACUGUGUAUAAAGCUUCCAAUCUGAAUCUGAUAGGCCGGCCUUCUACAGUACACAGCUGGUUUCCUGGGUAUGCAUGGACCAUUGCCCAGUGUAAAAUUUGUGCAAGCCAUAUUGGAUGGAAAUUUACAGCCACCAAAAAAGACAUGUCACCUCAAAAAUUUUGGGGCCUAACUCGUUCUGCUCUGUUACCCACAAUUCCAGAGACUGAAGAUGAAAUAAGCCCAGAUAAAGUAAUACUUUGUUUGUAAGUGCACCUGUCAGGGUAGCUUCCUAAAGAUGGUUUCUCAAGUCAGAUCUGCGCCGGACAGCACUGCCUCUCAUGUAUGUGUACAGUGGGUCACAGCAUCUGACUGCCAAUUUCAAAGCAGCUUGUGAAAAAACAGUACAAAACACAGGCUGGAUUCAGAAGCAUCUGGUUCUAGUAGCUGGGUGCCAUUAAUUAUCCUGUUGGAUAUAUGCCAUUGAUAGGAUAAGAAAGUACCUUUGAAGUUCUGGGAAUAGCUAUGAACAGGAGAGGAUGGAUAGAGGCACCACUGCUCUAAUGAUGAAUGUUCCAGAAGCUGGGUUGGCAAAGCAUAGGAGAGAGGCAAGGCAGUGUAUAUUUUUUUUUUAAAGGACUUCAUUCCUUUCAGUUUUCUUUAGCUUGUCUGAGAUGCUGAUUUGUAAACUUUGGAAAUAUUAAAGAGUAAAAUAAGCAGUUUGAGCAGAAAAAAAAAUAGCAUUUUGUGUAUGUGCACUAUUUAUUUGUUGACCCUGUCGUAUUAGAACCCUUUAAAUAGUAGCAUAUGUCCAUUUUACAUUUCAUUUGCAAAUGUAAGCAAACAGUAUAUAUUUCUGGGAUUAUACCCUUUAGGAAAUAAAGCUAAAGCAACUGAAGGCCAUCUUCAAAUAAAACUGACCAAAAAUAAUAUCUAUAUCCAAAGCUACACUAUCUAGUUGAAUUAUGUUUAAGCAAUCAAGUAAAACAUUUAAAGUAUAUUAAGCAUAUAAUAAAAUGUAACUCAAGAAUA